GUGUUUUUCUUCUAAGAGACGCUGGGGCGGAGUGUCUCGUGAGAAGUGCUAGUUCUCGCGGGAACUGCAUUCAAAAAGCCCUGGCGCUUACCGGAGACUCUCGGAAUGAAUGGGAGGAUGUUUCUUUGGUGAGGUAGGGUUAGUGAAUGUGGCCGUCCUGAGCUCUCACCUGGACCCACAGGCUGCAGCAGCUAGAGGAAGGAGUGAGGAAAGAGUAGGCUAAAAGUAGGAAAAGAACAUGGAGGCGGAUAUAAUUGCAGAUCUUCGAAGCAAGCUUAAAGAGGCUGAAAAAGAGCGACUAACAGCUGCACAGUACGGUUUACAACUGCUGGAGAGCCAGAAUGAACUGCAGAAUCAAUUGGAUAAAUACCGGAAUGAAAUGAUGGCCAUGACCGAGAAUUAUGAACAAGAAAAAUACGCUCUUCAGAGAGAGGUUGAACUCAAGAGUCGAAUGUUAGAAAGUUUGAACUGUGAAUGUGAAGCUAUUAAACAACAGCAGAAAGUACAGCUGGAGCAACUAGAAGAGCAGUUGAGUAGAAGCCAUGGACAAGAAAUGAAUGAAAUAAAAAAUAAGUUAGAAAAACUGAAAGCGGAGUUAGAUGAAGCGAGGCUUAGUGAAAAGCAAUUGAAGCAUAAAGUAGAUCACCAGAAGGAACUCCUGGCUCAUAAAUCAGAGGAAAUACGGAUAAUGUCUGAGCGUGUACAUGAAAGCAUGUCUUCAGAGAUGCUGGCUCUUCAGAUUGAGCUGACUGAAAUGUCAAGUACGAAGACCACCCUCACAGAAGAAGUGAAUGAAAGGCGGUACAGACAGGAACAACUAGAAAGUCUCAGUAAUAACUUAAUGCGCCAGGUUAACCAACUUAAGGAAGAGAAAGAAGAACGGGAGAAAGAAGCAGUUUCUUACUACAAUGCCUUACAGAAAGCUCGUGUAGAAAAUCAAGAUCUUCAGGUGCAGCUGAAUCAGGCACUCCAGCAAGCCUUGGAUCCCAAUAGUAAAGGCAACUCUUUGUUUGCAGAGGUGGAAGAUCGAAGGGCAGCAAUGGAACGCCAGCUUAUAAGUAUGAAAGUCAAGUAUCAGUCACUAAAGAAGCAAAAUGCAUUUAAUAGAGAACAGAUGCAAAGAAUGAAGCUGCAAAUUUCCACGUUACUACAGAUGAAAGGAUCUCAGACUGAAUUUGAACAACAGGAACGGUUGUUUGCCAUGUUGGAGCAGAAGAAUGGUGAAAUAAAACAUCUUUUAGGUGAAAUUAGAAAUCUGGAGAAAUUUAAGAACUUGUGUAUGGAAUCUAAGCCUUCCAUACCAGGCAACUCUGGUGUUCUAGAAGACAAAACCUAUUAUACAGAUUUACUUCAGCUAAAACUUGAUAACUUAAACAAAGAAAAUGAGAGCACCAAAGGAGAAUUGUCCAUACAGCGAAUGAAAGCACUGUUUGAGAGCCAGCGAGCCCUGGAAAUUGAGCGAAAACUUUUUGCAAAUGAGAGACGCCUCCAGCUUUCAGAAAGUGAAAAUAUGAAACUAAGAGCUAAAGUAGAUGAAUUAAAGCUGAAGUAUGAACCUGAAGAGAAAACUGAAGUGCCUGUACUCAAAAAGAGGCGUGAGGUGCUCCCUGUGGAUGUAACCGUCCAUAAAGACUCCUGUGCCAACAGUGCUGACGGGGACGAAGUUUCUAGAUUCCCACCUCAGAAAGUGGAGGCACAGUCCAGUCCUAACAACGCAGAGGAUACCAACUUGCAGUUAGAAGAACCAGUUUCUGUAAACACGCCCACAGCCUCUUUCUCUCCUCGCAAAAAUCUGCCAGUGGAUAUGCAGCCAAAGAAAGAAAAGAAAUGUGUCAGGCUCAUAGAUGAUCCAGCUGAUGCUGAGGCCUUAUGUGGAAGAAGUGGAAAUGCCCCCUGCUCUCCCAGGUUAACUGCUGAAGCACAGCUUCAGACAGAAGCUAAAGAAGGGAAAGAAGCUGCAAGCAAGUUGGAAAAGGAGCCUGGUAAGAAAUCACACCCUAUUCUGUACGUGUCCUCCAAAUCAGCUCCAGAGACUCAGUGCCCUCAGCAGUAAAGACUUCUCUUUUACUGCUUGCGCAGAGGCCACUGUGAAGCUUAGUUAAGGUUGGCAUUAUCUGAAGGACACCUCCUCAUAACUUACUGGCACCUACCCAUUUUCCCGGGCCCUGGCGUUUUCAUUAUUCUUUGACUGAGUGCUGAAAAUAUGGUUGUGAUUCUGACCUGAAGAGAUUAGCUGAUGAGCCUUCAUGGAGCUUCAAAGAGUCACAGUGAAUAAACUAUUAAUGGAAGAUAAUGUUAUAAUUAAUAUAAGUCUAUUGGCUGCAUUGUAUCUGGAUUUUUAAAGUGAUGGGAACACUUAACUUCCAUUGGAAACCAUAUAUGUAAAAAGAAAACGUUCUAAUCAUUAUAUUUUCGUAUGUACUUUCUUGUUUAGUUUUUCACUGUUGUAAAAAUAGGUAAUUUGGUUUAAAAAUGUAUAUUGUAGCAGGAUUUUGUCCAAGUUUAAAGCACCUGUACUCACUUUUGUAUUCAUAUACAUGAUUCAGAGUUUGAGUCAAGAAUAUAAAAAAAAAAUUUAAAAUAAAAAUGCAAUAAUUUCU